CUAGUACUAGUUCAUUAUUUGGAAUUUCUAGCUAACAUGGCGAGUCAAGUUUCUUCUCCUCGUCCUAAUACACCUCUUCCAACCGGUAAUCAUGAUUACCAAGGAUACCGACGACAGGUGACAGCAGCCAACAUGGAGAAUCAUCAUGGAGCUCCACAGAACCUUCAGAGGCCUAAUUACAACACACCUCUUCCAACCGGUGAUCAUGAUUACCAAGGAUACCGACUACAGGUGACAGCAGCCAACAUGGAGAAUCAUCAUGGAGCUCCACAGAACCUUCAGAGGCCUAAUUAUAACAUCAAAUCGUACGAGGCAGCGGAAAUCCAUGGUGGGAUCCUCACAGAAUGGUCGACGGGCCAAAGACCCACUUCAACAACACACCGAAGGUCCACUCCAACAACGAUACUGUCCUCGUGCGAGGCAGCGACACUCUAUGGUGGGACAUGCCUCACAGAAUGGGCGACACGGGGUCCUGUGGCAAAUGGUAAAGAGAUUCGUAGUAAGAAGCCGCCCAGAGGCAAAUGGUAAAGUGGUUCAUAGGACUUAUAUAUCGAGGUCCUGUGGUCAACUAAUACCAUUCAUAUUUGUAAGUGAUUCAUAAGACUUAUCAAGCACCUGUGGUUGAGUUUUACCUUUUGCGGUAUCGUUUGUAUAAAUUAAUAGUAAAAGAGAAAAAAAGGAAAAAAAGGGAGAGGAUAUAUUAAAUUAGCUAGUAGUAGUAUGUAUAAUAAUCAAACUCUUCCAAUAAAGUUGUAUGCAAGGGAAGUAGCUAACCUUUUGCUCUAUAUAUGUACUUUCA